GCGCUGAGCUUCCGCACAUAUAUGCGUCGGCUUGCUUCCCUCUCUGCGUGUAUGUCUGUCCGUCUUGUCUGAUACCUGCAACCCAACCCUGUGCUGUGUGUGCGUGCAUGAAUCAAUAAGAAAAGGAUGCCGGAAUGUGCGUCCCUCGACCAGGCUGACGCCCACAUACACACAAGCCGGGCGAAACUCAGAAAUGGGUGCCCCCUCCCUUCUCGCACGUUUCCCUGACGGUAAUCUGGCUGCCUUUCUCUCUCUAUCGACUGCCUCUCUGUCUUUGCAUUCCCUCGCGCACCCACUGCUUGCACCAGCCAGCACAGCAGACACACACGCCGUCCCAUGGCAUGCACUGGAGUGAAUCAUUCACUGUUCAGCAGCAAACGACGUACGUAAACAGUGCACAAAUGCGAAACAGCCUAUUGAAACGCACCUCAAACGAAAAGACAAAUGGCCUAUCUGCACUGAGCUCUCGCGCGGGCGGCGGUCAAACCGUGCGAAAUCGACGGUCACACCGUUGGUCUCUGACCUUUGAGUAUGAUGUUCUUGUUCUGGGCCUUCUUCCCACCGGACGGACAACUAUGUCAGGUGCGGGGGGCGUCGCGUCGUCUUGACCAUGCCUGCACACACACACACACACAGACAUGGACAACCACGCAUGUGAAUGAACUGUCUGCCCAGCCCAGCAAUUGUCUGUCUCUGCUGUGUGAUGUCUGCAAAUAUGUAUGUGUGUGUGUGUGUGUGGCACGCACCAAAAUGGGUGUGCGAGCACAUCCGCGGUCGAAGGGCGCAUCGCGGGGUCACCAGCCGUCAUGCUGUCGAUCAGCUCCAUCACAUCAGCCGACAGAUCCCGCCGCCACGGCCCCGAGAAGAGCGGCCGCACGUACGUUUGCAUGAGGCGACGGGUGGCGGGGUCAUGCCCGAGCUCCAGUAGCAUCCGCAACAUCUGGCCCAGUGAGUACACGGUGGCCUUCUCUGGAUCGAACACCGUAUUGGGCGUGUUCGCCUACAGUGCAUGCAAUGCAACACACACACACACGCAUACAGAUGAAGGACGUCUCCCCAGGGCCCUCUGCAUGUGUGCCAAAUACCUCUCGUGACAUGUAGAAUGGCACUCCGGUCGGAUUCGGCCCGCUUCUGACCAGACGCUGAUGGGACAGAGCACACAGAGACAAUGGUCUCAACCCUCGUCAUGCAUCUGCAUGAGUGGGUGCGGUGCUUUGCUCGGAGAGAGCAUAUUUGGACAGACAGACAGACACUCCAUCAACUUACCUUUUGUGGGGUGAAGAACUGCACCAGUUCGAAGUCGACCAGCUUUGGGCAGCCGUGCGCAUCAAACACUAUGUUGGCGGGCUGCUGGUCUCUGAAGGAACCAAUCAGACACACAUACACAAACACACACUUUACACAUGACCCCUCCCUCCAUCCACACACAAACGCGUUCGUCUGUCUGUCUGCUGCCUGGCGUGCCCUGGUCUGGUUGAUUCAAAUCCCUACCCGUGGUACAGUCCCUUGGCGAGUAGUUGGGCGUAGGUCUCAACAACGGGCCGCAUCCAUUGGCGCGCCUCCCACUCGUACACCGCCGACCUGCCGAACUCGUCCAGACACAUGCGCUCCGUCAAGCUGCCACCGGGCAGCAACUCGAACUCCAAAUGGCUUGUUUGACCCAUGUGGUAUGCCUGAAAUGGACAUAACCAUCCACAUGACAUGGACACGCACCAUACCGUCCCGUAUGCAUUGCCUUUCUUUUCACUCAUGCUCACACCCACGGGACGUACCCUUUUGAGCUUGGCCACGCCCUUGAUGUCGCUUGCGGCCUCGAGGGCCCGAAUCUCGCGCUGGACGUACGGCAUCCAGUCGCUGCCGUCGCCGCCCACCUCGACCCGGUUGCGAUUGGCCCUCGUGUGGACGGCCACGAUCUCUCCCGUGUCCUUGAGGCGGGCCUUGCUGCACACCGAGGUGAAGGCGCUGCCCGGCUUGAUGAUGCUGAGGAACUCCAAAUGGUCGUCUGGGAAGGCACCGAUGUCGUUGCUGAGCCAGGAGAGGUCAUAUUGGUCAAUGGCGUCCGCGGGGCGGUCUGAUGGCAGCGGCACGCGAGAGCAACAAUGACGGAACCAGGCAGAGGGGCGCGAAUACAGCCAACGGAGGGUACGAUGGACGCACUGGGGGAUGCACGGCAUCUUCAGGGGAUGGGGUCAGGGAUAUGAGGGGAUGAGAGAAAGAGAGCGGAAUGCGACAAAGGGAUGAAUUGGCACGCAGCCCUCAUACCGAAAGAGCUUCAGACACGGCCAAAUCUGCGAAUCUGAAGCCCGAG